AUGCGCGCCAUUUGUGUGAUCAGCUCUAUUGUCAUGUUGGCAACGCCUUCGACAAUCCCCAGGACCACGGAGAAGUGCUUGGGCGCUGUGCCAAUCGACGGCACGAAUGAUCUUGUUGACAUCGCACAGCACAGCAUGUUUUGUCCUUCAGGGAGCUUGCAGAUUACAGGCACGGUUCUCAAGCUGGAUAUCAAAAAGUGCCAACCCGGCACUCUUGUUGAAUUCAAGCCAGAGCCACGCGAAUGCUGGGUCAUAUUCCGCGAUGAUCCACUUAAGAAGGUUUUCUGGUAUUGUGCCUCAAAAGGUUCGAAGACACGCCUCUGCAAAAAGCAUUCCUGCUACUUUCGUGUCGUCGAGGACGGAGCCUACAAGGAUGGACGCGUGCACGCUGAGAACUGCAAAUGA